UGAUCCCAAUUUGUAUAUAAACACCACCAACCCCCAAUUCAUCCCAUAGUUUUUCCUGCAAAUCAACAUAAUUAUGGCGAUGAAGAUUCAAGACACCUUUUACAUCUCCCAUGGAUCACCGACCUUGUCCAUCGACGAGACCAUGCCGGCCAGGCAUUUCUUGCAAUCCUUUCAACAAAAGGUCUAUGCUCCCCGUCCUUCUUCCAUCCUUGUCAUCUCCGGCCACUGGGAGACUACUUAUCCAACACUCAACGUUGUCUCCGAUGGCCCCUCCGACACCAUUUACGAUUUCUAUGGUUUCCCUAAAUCCAUGUACCAGCUCAAGUACCCGGCACCUGGAGCUCCAAAACUGGCAAAUCGGGUCAAGGAACUGCUCAUGUCAUCCGGGUUCAAGAGAGUUGAUCAGGAGAAGAACCGGGGGCUGGACCAUGGUGCAUGGGUCCCACUAAUGCUUAUGUAUCCGGAGGCUGAUAUUCCGGUGUGCCAACUAUCUGUCCAGACAGACCAAGAUGCCACGUACCAUUACAACAUGGGUAAGGCGUUGGCACCCCUCAAGGACGAAGGGGUGCUCAUAAUUGGUUCAGGUGCGACCACCCACAACCUGAAGAUGCUCCGCAACACCACUUCGGUGCAACCAUGGGCUCAAGAGUUUGAUAUGUGGCUAAAACAAGCACUGCUUGAAGGAAGGUAUGAAGAUGUGAAGGAGUACAAGGAGAAGGCUCCACAUGCGACUGUUGCACAUCCAUGGCCCGACCAUUUCUACCCGUUGCAUGUUGCCAUGGGUGCAUCGGGUCAGGAUUCGAAAGCCGAACUCAUCCACCAUAGCUGGGGUUUGUCGUCUCUUUCAUAUGCAUCAUAUAGAUUCAAAACGAUAGCUUAGCUGUCGAGUGUGUGCCUUGUUUUAUGAAUGAUCGAUAUGCAUCCUCGUUUGACAAUUAGUCUCGAAUCCACGGUCGAUAUGUCGUCAAUUUGAUUGUGAAUACGAUGUUGUACUUUAUUUGGUUUUAUUUUUCUUUUCGAAUAAUAUUGUUUGUAUGAUUCUCGUAAAUUUGUAAUGAAUUUUUUUAGUGAAAAACAUCAAAUUUGAAGUUUGAA